AUGGCAUGGGAAUUGGGCGUUGAGAAGUUGCUUGGCCUUCUCGAAAAGGUCACCCCUGCUAUUGCCCUAAGCAAAGCCGACGAUGACGAGGUCAGCCCAAGUGGCAUCGAUGAGCUCUUGGACGACGACGAGGAGAUUUGGGAGGAUUUCUCAGUCGAUGAACCUCUGGAGGACAUCCUAGACGAUAAAUCUGCGGGGGAUCUCUUAAUGAGAUUUGAGGAGAAGCAUACAUUGGAUGAUUCCGUGGACGAUUCGAUUUAA